UCCAAAUGCCAAGUAUCAGCUGUUAGAUUUUUUGUCAGCCGGGGGGGGGAGGGAAUGAAAAAAAUGAGGGACAAAUUUACAUGUUGCUGUUGAUCUCUGCAACCAAGCUUAAAAUUAUGUCUGAGGUGUGUCGAAUUCUCAGAGUCGUUGGAUAUCUCAAGCAUGCACAACGUUAUUAUGCAGUUCGCAGAGGACAGAACUAUUACGAAAUUUUGGGGGUAAAGAAUGAUGCUUCGAGGAAGGAUAUCAGAGCAGCGUUUUUAAAUAUUUCUAAACAAGUGCAUCCGGACACAGGAAACAAGACUGGCCACACAGAAUUUAUCAAACUCACAGAAGCGUACAACGUAUUGAGUAAAGAUUCCACGAGAAAAGAAUACGAUGCAAAAUUGAGCGCAAGAAAUCAGUUGCGUUAUACGUCUUAUCAUCCCGUCGGCCGAACAUAUUACGGUCACCGAGAGUCUCACUCUGAGCACUGGCGAGCCGACCACCUACGAAGGAAAGGGGGAGGCCCCUUUGCGACGUACGACAGGACGCACUUCGAAAGUGGUGACCCGAAAAACGUCUCAAAAACCACGAUCGUUCUGCUGUGCGUCCUACUGAGUGCAGUAGGCUUCAGCCUUCAGAUUCUGGCAGUCGUUUAUUCCCCGACCCUCGACAGAGAGAAGAUGCUGGAACGCUCCGCGAGGUACAGCGCAGAACUUGAGAAACUCCGGGAGAGGGCAAAGCGUCAUCGAUCUGUAUCGGAGAGCAUUGACUCCUUCCUCAAUCGCGUCGAUGGCCCGGAUGAAUGAGGAGAAAAUCACCUCGUGUAAGGUCAACAGAGAUAGUGAAUUAUUUUUGUGAAAUAAUGUAUAGUUGAAAUAUUUAAAUCAAUUUAUUGUCUUAUUAAAACGAAUGUCAAUAAAGGUUUUCAUUUUUGAAGACUAA